ACCCCGGGACAUUUAAAUUGCACCUUGCUAGCGACGACCACUCCCUAGGAUAAUACCUGGAGAAAUUAAUUUAGGUGGGAGGGUGCUUUAAACGUUUUUUGUUUUUGUUUUUUUCCCUUGCUUCUUUCUUGUAUCGUUAUGUGGACCUUUCCCUCUUAGUUUUGCUAGCCUUCCCCUGUAGAUGGAACAUUUGACCCCCGUGUGGCAGAUGUUGCGGCGAGACAGAAUCUGCUUCCCCAGAAAGGAGGUGCGUGAAGAGUCUUUAUCCUCUAGGAUAGAGAUGGUGAGUGUGGGAGUCAGUACAGAGCCCUGCCAUGCCAGGUGGGAGGUAGAGACAGAUGCAAUUGUCCUACAGCGGCGGCAAAAGCAGAUAGAUUAUGGCAAGCGCACACCUGGUUACCAGUGCUUUCUGCAGCAGGUCCCCAAGGCACAGCGACAGCCAGGACUUCACCCCCAAACACCAAACAAGAACAGGAGGUGGGGAAUGGACAAUCUCUUAGAGCCAAUGGAUUCCACCCCUUUGGAUGACUGGCUCCAGACCCUGGAACCCUCAGAGAAUCUGGAUGGAGAACAGAAGGGAGCCCAGUUUGCAGGUUUGGUGGCUCCUGCCUCCUCCCUUCCCUGGCUCUGUGAGGAAGAUCCCCACCACUGGCUCUACCUUCUAGCUGAUCACAAUUACUUAUCUGUCCCAGACUUGAGUGGGACACAAAAUAUUUAGGGAAAACAUGUCUUUCAGGGGACUCGUUGCUGAAUGUAAUAGUGAAGAUUACUUGCACUACUUCUACUUAACAAUCGAUUAAAAAAGAUCUAAAACUCUGUCCUACAAAGAGAU